AUGGUAUUCGACAAGGCGAUCAGACACUUGGGUUCAACAAUUGGCAUGCGGCCAUUAACAUUCUUCAUCGCCAGUGCAGUUCUCUUCUUCAUAUCGAUCUCAUAUUUGCUUCUUCUGCCACCUAAAAUUCACUUGGGUUUCGACAGCGGUUACACCACCACAGAUGCACCAUCGAUUCGUGAGCUUCAAACCCAAAUCGAGUAUUUUGGAAAUAAGCUUGACGAUAACCUUAUUAAGGGAAAACCAUGGUAUAUGGCAUUAUUCGCCGAGCCACGUGAGCAAACAAAAGGCUCAAUGACGGACUUCAAAGAAUUCAACGAGUUUGAAAGAUUCUACAAGGGUGACGAAGUCAUUCGUUCAAGGCUUUCAGCACUCUAUUUUAUGGCGUUCAUUAAUAGCAGUCAAGCUGCUAACGAUAUGAAGAACUUUGAGGAAAAAGUAUCAGAAUGGGUAGCCGAUCACAACGCUAACGGCACUAAACUGACAACCAUCACUCAACAUAGCGCUCGUGGUAUGCAGCUGGAGAUCACCAGAGGAGUGAAAUUUGUCGUUGCAAAACUGCUGGGCGGAAUCGUGCUUACCACUCUUUUCACCCUGGCCUCAUUUACUGCAUUGAAUAAAAUUCGAGGUCGAAGCAAUAGGAGGGUCGCACCACUGGCAUUAGCCAGCGGCGUCGUGCCGUUGAUGUCUGUGGUGAAUGCACUAGCAGCCUGCUCAUUCUUUGGAAUGCAUAUAAAUACCAUCACAGUCACAUCUCCAGCACUUGCAUUUGCUAUAGGGAUUGACGGCGUGCUGAUGUUUUAUAAUGCAUGGAUCUCCGUUGACAUGCACAAUAACGUUAAGGACCAUAUGGCGGAGGUUCGUCUCUUUUCAGUUAACUAUUAUUGUUUCCAACAUCUUGCUCCUCCAAUGAUAUUUUUCUUCCCAGCCGUAAUGGUAUGGUGCUCUCCUGUUUCAUCGCAUCGCCCUUUAGUACAAGAAGUCCAGAAACUUCCUGAAUCACCUGAGAAAAAAAAGAUGGAUAUGUUCUUUGGUCGAUAUGCACAUUUUCUUUCAAAUUCGACUUGGCCGAAAAUCUUUAUCACAUCGCUGUUAUGUCUAUGUCUCGUCCUUACCACGUAUCUGGGAUUCGCCGAGGUGAAAGCGAACAUCGAUUAUCGUGAUUUUCUUCCUGCAGACUCACCGAGCAACAGAGGUGUUCGUUUUAUGAACGAUAUCGUGUGGCCGGAGUUUUUCAAUAUUAUAUUUUUUAUCGAGAAACCACCACACUUCGAUGAUCCAUCGUCAUAUCAACAAUUUAGAAAAAUGAUAUCUGAGAUCGAAUCGUUGCCGGGUAACAUUAAAAACUCGGGUAUGAUGUGGAUUAACGAUUACGAACGACACACAGGGAUGAUUGGAAAUGAGACAGUUUUAAAUAUGACGCAAUUCGAGGAUUUCAUCACACACCAUGUCUACAAGGCUUGGAAUUCUGGUGUGCGCUAUCGCCUUGACGGAAACCAUUCCGUCAUAACAAGUAUGCUGUACUUCGGUGCCUUCGAAGGGGCUCGUAGUAUGAUGGACAAAGCGGUGCUGUUGUCACAUUGUCGGCAGAUCGUCGCCAAAUAUCCUGAAUUCGAUACCGUUCCUUUCGACACAGAAGUCGGUAUGGUUGACGUGAUUCUACAAAUCCCAUAUGUCACUUUCUGCAUUCCUCUACUCGUUAUCACCAUUUAUUCUGUGGUAUCACUGGUUCUAAUUGGGAAUCUAGCUGUCUCUCUUGUCGCUAUUGUUUCCACAGCAUCAAUUUACUUAGAAACAUAUUGCAUCUCUUCACUGAUGGGCAUGGUGCUUAAUCCCUUUUCGACUGCAUUUCUCCUUAUUGUGGCAGCCUCUGCUUCAACACACGGCAGUCACAUUUGCUACACAUUCCAAAAAGAGAAAAUGUUGCAUCUUUUUUUGAGUGAUGGAGAGCAUUUAAUGCUUCGGAUCUAUCCCUGUUCCUUCUCAAUGGAAAGCAAGCGUGACCGUUUUUCAUUUCGUUUGCCACACGACGGAAAAGACAAAACGUUGGAUGAAAUGCUAUUUUGGGAAUAA